AUGGGGAAGUCACCCUGCUCGGCUCAGCGUCCCGGCCGAACUCUGGCUCUGCCCCCGGGUCCCGUUCGGGCGGGCAGAGCGCUCACGCCCCGCGGCUCGGCUCCCUGCGUGAGCCGCGGCCGCCAGCCCGGCUCUCCGCCGGCGCGGAGCAGCGGCACUCGGCGGGACCCCGGCGAAGCGGGGCUGGAGCCGGGGCGCAGACGGAGCGCAGCCCGACCGGAGCAGAGGGCGUGCGGCGCCGAGCCAGCGAGUGGAGCGGAGAAACCUCCUUCGCCCGGCGGAACGUGCCCCUUUGUGCCGGGAAGCGACAGGUGCUUACCUUCCCCGGGUGGCUCCGGGGCCGCCGGGACGGGCGCUCAGCGCCCGCCGCUCCGCACAAGCAAGCGGUCCUUCCCCCUCCUGCGCUCCAGACGGGCAGCUCCAGCUCCGUCCCCGCAGCCCGGCUCUCCGGAGGUGUCAGCCAGCGGGUCCCAGCUGGGGCGGCAGCGGCAGCUCCACUCUCCGCGGGACGAGGAGCCGCUAACGGUGGGAGGAGGAGGAGAGCGGUGGCGAGGUCCCGACUCCUCUCGGGAUGCGCCGCCGAGGUGGCCGCUUCCUCCGCCGCCCAGCUCAGCUCUCUCCGGGGCCUGCCCGCCCCGCGCUGUCCCGAGGUGCAGCCCGGCCGCGUCCGUCCGUCCGUCCCGCUCGCCUUCCCCCGCCCCUCUCCCCGGCGGCGAACCGCGCGGCGCACAGGCCCCGCCGGCGGCCAGGAGGACCCGGGGGAAACAGGGUAUUCCGGCCCAGCCUCCUGCCCUCUCCCCAGGGCCUGGUGCACACUCUCCGCGGGGAGAGGAGGCCCUGCCCCGGCCUGGCGAUCAGCUCCGGGAAGGUCACCGGCACCGCGGAGCCGAGCACGGAGAGGCUCCCUCCGGCACCGCCGCGGUCGCUGCUGUUACUGCCGGCCCGGAGUCAGCGACCGCUGGGUGCCGCGCUCCGACCGGGUUCGCUCCGUGCCCGUGCCUGGAGACCGCUCCCGAGUCUGAGUGCCAGGCUGUCCCCUUCCCCUUCCUUCCUUCCUUCCUCGCCUCCCGCCCCUUCCCCGCUGUCAGCCUUCCCCCGCCGGCUCCCUCCGGCGCCCGGUGCCAGGCUGCCCCCUGCGGGUGUCGGGGCCGCGGCCGCCCGCCCGGCGGGCCGAGGCGGAGCCGGGAGCGGCCGCCGCUGCCGCUCGGCGGGUGCCGGGAGUCGCACGCCCGCCGCCGCGCUGCCCCGGGCUGGCUCAGCGGCGGCUGCAGCGCCUGUGUGUCUGUGUCAUGUCUGUGCCUGGGCGGGCGGAGGCGCGGGCCGAGGCGGGGCCAGCCCGCUCUCACGCCGCCCAGCGACAGGCGCCGAGCGCCCAACCAGCGCCGGCCGCCGCCGCGCAGCGCCCGCCCGCGCAGCGGGGCGCCCCGGGCCGCUACACCUGGGCAGCGCGGAGGGCCCCGCCGCCGAGACAGCGAGCCUGGCCCGCGGCCGCGGGGGCAGGGCCGGCCGGCCGAGCGCCGCCCGGCGCGGGUAAGUGCGGGGAGGGCGCGGAGCGGCCCGGCCCCCGCCUCGGGCGCCGGCGGCGGUGGAAGACCCAACUCCGAGCGCCGGUACCGCGUCAGGAAUGAAUAAAUAUGACGGUUUCUGGCUUACAUGUGGCGGAGCGUGUCCCUGCGAUGCGUCCCUUCGUGCUGGCAGCUGCUGAGAGUCGAAUGAUAAGCGCACCUUUUGUUAUUUCUUUUUUUUUUUUCCCCGUGCGCAUACAGCGCCUUUUUUUUUUUUUUUCAUAAUAUUACUUCUUUAGCGGUGUAAAAUGGAUUAUUGCAAUACAUCAGCAUCCUGAGAGGACUGUAUGAUAACCUGUGUGUAUGGCUGUAGAGUGUUCCUGAAAUUCUAAUAGGAAUAUGCAAGGAGAACAGAAAUGAACAAAUGUGCGUGCAAUCCGAUUUUAGAAAGGUAUUGAUACAUUCUUAGAAGGGAAGAUACAAAGCAUACAUGUGCUUUGAAUAAAAAUGUAAAUAAUCAAAAGUAUGAGUACAUGGGUUUAUAUUCAGGAUUUAACUGCUUUCUUCUUCUAGAAGGUUAAGGGAAUAGUUUAAGAGAAAAGUGUUGUUCUCUAAAAAAUAUAAUGAAUGCUAAUUUCUCUCAUUACAUCAGCUGCUUGAAUGCUGUUAACUCCUGCAGAAGUUUCUUUGUUGGGUAGAAAUUAUGUUUUGCAGUAUACUGUACCAAAGUAUUGUGAAUUCUGGAACAGGUUAUUCAUAGCAAGAUAGUAUUUGGCAGACUUGAUUAAGGUAUUGGUUCAUCAAGCUUAUUAUUCUACCACCAGCAGCAUCCUUUUCCUGAUGAUUUAGUCAAGAGCGGUAUAAGAUGAACUGAAGUAAAUCAUGAUGUUGGACAUGCCGCUGAUACCACAUGUGUUACUAACUGAAAAUUUUGACAUAUUAUUACUAGGAGAGCAUUUUUCAGGGGAAAAAACCCCAACAACUCUGCUUAUCUGUAAAAACAAUUAAGUUCUGUUAGGCAGGAUUUUCUGGAAUAGCUGUGGUGACAUAGAGAUUGAUGUCUAUGUGCUUAUUUUCCUAAGCAAAUCAAAGCCAGAAAUGAGCUGUACUGAACUGACUAAUUCUCUGCUUUCUCCUACGUGAAGCUAAAGGGUCAGCCUUCAAGUAAUAAUGUUCCCUUGCACUGUGGAAGGAUUGCUACUGCUUUGGUGACAGUCACAAUGAAUGAGUUUCUGGGGAUGUAGGGAGGACGAAGCAGGACUCUGUGUACAGCUUCAUUAUUAAGAGAACCAGUCUGUCCACUCUCUGUUACUAUAAUUUUCAGCAGUUCCACAGUUUCCUGCCUCAUGCUAUGUCUUCAAAACUACUAAUGUGCCAGAGUCUGAUCCUGCAAAAUAUUGAAUGAUGUCUGGAGGUUUUUAAUGUUCUUCUGUUUAGGGCAGGGAGCUCUUGGCACCCACAAGAAUUAUUAGGGUUUAAGAGCAGCAUGGAUUAUUAGGAUAAUCUAAUAUGGCACCAUACAUGACAAAAGAUGGAACUUCAUACUGGGACAAAAUGUCUUACUUUAAAUUGCUCUCUAUCUGUCAGGUUGGUGACCUACUCACAAAAGGACAACAGUUGUCCAUAUGCAGAGCAGUGUUUGUGGUAAGCUGAGAAUGCUUACCACAAGGUUACAAAACCUAACAGGGACAGGGGGAGUAACUGCCUAUGAAGAUAGAGUUUUGCAGAAAUGGUGUUUAUAAGCAAGUAAUCUUUUUCACAGUCAUAAUAAAAUUGCUCAAUCAGUCUUUGUCCUUGAAAAUGCAGAAGUGGCAAUUGCUUUGGACAUAGAGUAAACAAGCAGUGCAGAAGGAUACUUAUGCCAAGGACAGGUAGAAGAAAUUAGAUGCAAAUAUUUGCAUUUCAGAUUUCAUUCAGCCAGGAUGAAGGUUUCUCUAGAAACUACACAGGUUCUGGAGUGACAUGUCUAUUUGCAUGUUAAAGAAAACAAACAAACAAAAAAGCAAAACCUGUAGUAAUGUCAAGUGUACAGAUUUUUUUUAAUGAUUGUUUCAUUAGGUCAAAAAAAAUUAAAGCUUUAAUAGUCCUAUUAUUUAAAAAUUUUGUAAACUGGGUGUUUAAUUUUUUAAUAGAAACAUGUCAAUGUUGUGAUGGUGUUAAAGGAUUGAUUUAUAAUGAUGUAAAAUUAUAAUGUGAAUAUUUGGUGUCCUUUUUUCCUUACUGGAACAAGAAAUAAGACAUAACAGUUCAGAACUUCAAACAGAUUAUGAUGUUUUCACUACACCAGAUCAUCAGUAAAUAAAAUUAUAAUAAGUCUGUUCAUAAGAACAUACACACUUAUGGAUUAUCUGGUUUUUGAUUAAAAGAAAAAAAUUGCUUUCAAUUUUACCAUUUUGUGUGAAGGGGAGGUGUCAGGCCCACAAGUAUUCAAACUUAUGAAAGUGCAUGAAGUUCAUCUCCCAUCUAACACCAAUGAAGUCCUUUUUACAUUCUUACAGUUACUUCAUUGUUCUAGCUGAAUUCAACCACUAUGAGGUCUUUUGAGAAAAAAAGACAGUGCUUUGUUCAGGAGGCGACUGAAAAGUGCAUUACUACUUUAAAUAGUGCAUUAUGUGCCAGUUGAAAUAGAAGCUAAAAUAUUCCUGAAAGCCAGGAGGUUCUUUUGUCCCCAUUCCUACACACACACUCCUGUGGCUGAUCAGCAUUUUGAAUCCCUAAUGAGGUAGAUGCUGCUGCAUCACACUCAGGAUAUGGGAUGGACAAAGCAAAGUCCUCCAUUGCCUUCUUUUAUAUGGAGUUGAUGAAAUAGCUACUUUCAUAAAAUUAACCAUUUAUUGUGUUGUCACAGUGAACACAAAGAUCUGCUCUAGCAGGCUGGCUGGAUUGUGCUAACUGACCCACAGAAGGUUGUGACUCUUUGUGAGUUGCUUUUCUUCUAAAUGCUAAAUUGCACAACUUGUUGAUAGUAUCAGAGCAUGGAGAGCAAGACCAAGAGUCUGAAGCAUGUCAUAACCCUUGAGAUGCUUGUUACCAUCUGCUGCUGCAAUGAGUACAGCACUACUGCAGAACAGGUUGCCUAGCAUGUUUUGUAGUAGGAAAAGGCAUUUAGACAAGAAAUAAGUGAAAUUUAAUCUCUGCUCCAGAAAAAUAAAUUUCCAGUUGUUGAGCAUGGAGUGAAAGCUCUGUUACAUAUGGGCAGUAAAUUAAAAUUUAGUGGAGAUUUUCCUGUGCAUGUCACUGAAAAAGACGUAAAAUCAACAAAACCCAAGCAAUACCAAGAUUCAGAUUGCCUGGGAUUAUAGGAACUGGAAAAAAUUAAAGACUGGUAAAUUGAAUGCCUUUAAAUAACCAGAAAAUACCAUGAAAACCUAAAACUUGAAGAAUGCAAAGGAAUUGUAGUUAUUAAUUCAGAAAUUACUUUUCUAAUACCAAAAUAGAGUUUAAACAAUAGUUUAAAUUAGAAAUAGUUAACACAGAUUGUUCUGUGUUAAUUUCAUUUUCAUGUUGGUUUCUCCCAGAUUUCAGUUGUAUUUCUAGUUGUAAAAAGGUAAACACCCAUAACUAGGGGCUUACAUAGCAUUAUGCCUUAUAAGAAAAACGUUCUGAAGGAAAUAUAUUUGUUUAUUUUCUGACACAACUCUCUGUUUACUUUACUUUCAUUGUUGCCAUUUACUACUUUCCAUUUGUUGUGAUUCAGUCAUGUAGAGAAGAGUUGGGGGGUUUUGUUCUUUUGGUUGGUCUUUUUUAAGGACUAGUGAUUUUAAAACAAUAAAAACUAGUGAAGAUAUGCAGAACAAAUAUGAUUAUUAAUUUUAUGAAUAUAAUCUGAUUUUGGGUUGAUAGUACUUCUUUAAAUUUUGGCCUACCAUGGUCAACACAGUCUCAUGUUUCUACUUACAGAACUAAUGGAUUACUAUUUUGAUAAUAUGAUGUGCAUAAUUUAGAAAAUACUUAAUUUCAUACCUGAUUUAUUUUUUCACAAUUUUUCUUUUAUAUCAAGGAAUCUUAACCCCUGUACUAUUUGCAGCAAAAUUCUGGAUAAUUUACAGUACCUUAAUUGCUCUGUGUUAAUACAUAUCAUUGCCUUAACAGAGUCCUCUGGGAAGGAAAAGUAGUACUGGACAAACUUUAAAAUAAUUUUAAAUUUCACUGCCUAGGAGGAGGACAGUGACCCAGGCAAUCUAAAGCCUAAAUCAAGACACAGGAGGAUCAUGGCUCCGGAAUCUCACAAAGUUACAGCCCAACAACCAUUUCCCCAGAAAGUGACAGAGGAGAAAGAUUUGUAGCAGUGGUGAGAGGAUUUCUGAAAGAGAAAAAAACUGUUUUGAAGAUGUUGUACACAGUGGUGUAAAGUUUCAAGCUGGAACUGGCAUAAAUCUCACAUGGAGAAAGAAGGAUGACAAAGCUGCUGUGGAACUUGCAGCUAGCUGUGGACCACCCCACGAAGACUGUUUUUCACUUCCACAUUAACUUCACAAUAUGCAGUUUUCAGUCCUGUUGAUGUUGAUGCAUCCUUCUGUUUCUAGCAGCUGCCUAUGCACAGUAUGUAUUGUGGUAGAGGAAUAAUGAAACAGAGAAUGCUUUCUCAUGAGACUAAGCUAAGCAAGAUGCCUGUCUGGUGGUAGCCAGCUUCUUUACUAAUGAAAAAUUCAAACCAAUAUAUCUCCUUCACUCUAGGGCUGGCUCCAGCACUCAGUCAGCCUCUUCCUUACAGAAGGCUGACAGACCAAUUUUAAAGCAUACAAAUCUCCUCAUCUUUUCUGCAUCUUUCCCAAAAGAAGCAGAACUGAGCUUAAAAAAAACAAAACCAUGUAACCUAAACCCAUAGUUUUAAGAGGAACUUGUCCCCAGACAGGUACCUGAUAAAACAGUAUUUUAAACCACUUUCCCCUGGCAUUUUUUUCACCUGUUACUUUUGACCUGUAAAUCAGCUCUCAGGAGCACUGCAAUGACUGAAGCAACAAGUCUUGAGUCCUUUAUCGGACAGCUAAGAACAUGCUUUGUAGAGGUAGAAGCAGCAAUACUGAAAGCAUUCAUUGCCUUAGCAACUAGGACAACCUCUUCUUUAAUUAGCACAUCAUGGUCUGAACUUUGCUAAUAGAACCUGCCUACACUGCAUGCUAACCAUGGGUUAGGUAAUCUCGCGCUUGCCAACACAGGCAGCCUACCACGCUUCUGCUUCCUGACAUUCUCCACAUGAGCACUCUGUUCUCAGGUCCCACAUCUGCAGGCAGGCUGUGGGUGGUGUUAAUGAAUGAUACAUCCUUGUGGGUUCUCACCCUGGACUCAUGAUCUCCUAUCCCAUCACAUAUUUGUCUGGGCAGGCAGGCACAGAGUGCUGUGGAACAGAUUUUGUGUGCUCUCUUAGGACUUGGGAGGUUACUGUCCAUGACAAAGGAAUUAUUUCCUGGCAUUAGCUUAGCAGAUGUGGUAGAGAAAUAAGAGAGCUACCUUACUGCCCAAGCAACCUCCCUUGGCCUAUCCUCUGCAGUUCUCUCUGCCACCUUCUUCUGGAGUUCCUUCACCAAUGACAUUACUGAUGACUACAUGAAAUCUCCAAGAUCCAAUGGCACCAACAAUUAUGGAAUAGACUCUUCCAGAAGAUAUGCCAUAUAGGUUUGUAGUGCAGUUAUUCUCUGUUCCUUCCCCAAAAUUGCAGGGGAAAAAACUUAUUAAAAACCUGCUCAAAAGAAAAUAGAUAUCUGGAUGAAAACUAGCUUUGAGGGGAAAAAAUAGGAUUUACAAAGUCAUUGUCGUAGCUCUAACUACAGCUCAUUGAAAUUUGUAUCGGCAUAGCAAUAGUAGCACUAAGUUUAGAGCAGAAAGUAGAACUGCUCUGAGUUAACACUGCUCAAAUAUUCUGGGUUGAAUUCUGCGCUGGCAAUAGAGAAGAAGGGUCCAAAGCUAGCAUGGGUAUGUCUAUGGGAAAUCCUACCAAAGCAAUGGUACAAAUUGUGCUAUGAGACAGCAGGUCUCACUAAGUGGGAAAAAGACAGCAUUCAACAGAGGAGAAAACUAAAUUUUGAUUGUUUUAAAUGCUUUAUUUAAUAACACUCUGAACUAAGGAAGCAAACUCUUCUCUUUUUUCUCCUGCUAUAUUGAAUUAACCCUGGGAUUUAGGGAAAGAACACAAGAUCACACGCUGUGUUUGGAACACCUGCUCAGCAAAAGAGUGAAUGACACGACUUGUGGGAUCACCUUCAGGGUACUUUCACCUACGGUUUCUGUAAAACUGCAUGACAAGAUGUUUCUUAAUUAAAAUAUUUACACGUUAAAAAUAUUGAAGGAGAGGUUUUCACAAUAAAGUCUUGAUGGUUUCUGUA